CACGUGCUUGUGCAAAUCAAACCAUUCUUGCAAGUUCACCACCGGCCACUGUAUGAACAGCUGACUGAUGCGUUUUGGAGCAAAGCGGCACACCUGGCGGGCACGUUCACGUCGUACAAUGAGACAAGCGGAUGCAGGGACCUGACUCAAACGUCAUGCGGCGCGAAGACGCCCUGGACGCUUUGUGCGCAGACUGGAUUACAGAGUUGAAGAAGUGUCAAAGGGGGAUUACAGCAGUUUCUACUGCUGCUGAAGCUGUCUGCUGGCACUGUGCGUGAGUCUCAACGCACCGAGUUUACCUGGCACCUGAACCUGCUCCGAGCCGCUUCGCAGACAUCAGUGAGCACUUAUCAAAGGAAGCCCGGGCCCCCCUGAUUGGCCCCUACAUUUCCAUCCUCAAGGACGUGGAAUACCUCGGCUGUGAAGAUGAGCUUUGUGACCUGGCACAGAGUAAAAAACAAAUUAAACUCUGUGAGUGAGUGUGUAGGGGGAGUUGGGGCUGAGGGGGCCUGGCUUGUCUUGGACACGGGCAAGGGGGGCUUCAAGGAGAAAAGGUUGUGAAGCACUGCUCUGAUGGAUAACACCCCAUGUCACAAAGCCCAGAUCGUCUCAGGCUGGCUUCUUGAACAUCACCAUGAGGUCACUGUACUCAGAUGGCCUCCACAGUCACCAGAUCUCAAACCAACAGAGCGCCUUCGGGAUGUGGUGGAACGGGAGCCUCGUGGAUGUGCAGCCGACAAAUCUGCAGCAACUUUGCGAUGCUGUCAUGUCAGUGUGAACCAAAACCUCUGAGGAAUGUUUCCAACACUGUGUUGAAUCUGUGCCACCAAGAUUUAAGGCAGUGCUGAAGGAAAAAGGGGGUCCAACCCCAUGCUAUCUGCACGGUCCCCCCGGGACCCGUGACGGUCCCGGAGAACAACACGGCUGACGUCCAGCUGGUGAAGAUCAGCUCCGGCAGUGAUGUGAACCUGAGGGUGGCAGUGAACCCUGAGGAUCUGUUUUAUCUGAAGGGAAACGCCCUGAUGGUGAAGAAAGGACUCGACUACGAGUCGCUUUCCAGUGCAGCUCUGGUGGUUUGGGUGCAGUGCAGCAGAGUCGGCUCCAGAUCUGUCAACGAGUCCGUCGAAGUUCUGGUCGAAAAUUUGAACGACAACCCGCCAAACUUUGCACAGAGCCACUUCAUACUGGAGGUGAACGAGCUCACUGCGGUCAACUCCAGCGUCGGACUGAUCGAAGCCACAGACGUGGACUCAGAGCCGCUGUACUACCGCUUGGAGUCUGCAACAGAUAAAUAUUUCCGCCUGGAAAACGUCAACAGUCCAAAGAUACUCGUUAAAAGCAUCCUGGACUACGACACCGUGCAGAAGAUCUCUCUGGUUUUACACGUGCAGGACACGUUCAACGGCUCGGCCUCCAACAAGCCCUUCUUCACGUCUGUGGCCUCCAUCACGGUCCUCGUGAAGGACAUCGAUAACCGGCCCCCGUGGUUUCAGCCUUGCUUGAGGACCAACUUAGGAAUUGCUAAACUGUGUGUGAGCGGCGGCUACAGAGGCAAAGUCAACCUCACUGAGAAGGAGGAGGGUCCACUGGUGCUGGAGCCUGGUCCGGUGUUCGCCAGGGACGGAGACAAGAACCGGAGUGAGCAGAUCAGCUACAGAAUCCUGCGAGGAAAUGAGGGGAAUAUCUUCCAGAUUGAUGAGGAAACGGGGAACAUCACCAUGACUAAAGCUGCUGAUAUCAUCGGCCCGAUAACCCUCACCGUUCUGGCGUCACAGGUGACCAACAGGGAUCAGUUUGCUGUGACUCAGGUGACCAUCGAGGUGAUGAAGAAGAGCAGGAACCCUCCUCGCUUUGAGAAGGAGCGAUACGAAGGAUUUAUCUACAGCAACUCCGUCCCCGAGAGCAUGAUCCUCCGAGACCGAAGCACCAACCGGCCCUUCAGGGUCCGAGCUCGGGACGAGGACUUCGCCGCUGGUGUGAAUCCAGAUGUGAAGUACGAGGUUCAGUACAGCAGCUACGUCAACGUGACCUCAGAUGGUUUUGUGAUCCUGAAGCGAGUUGUGAAGACGGAGUCCUUCGCGCUUCAGCUCAGAGCAGUGGACACAACAACAGGGGAGUUUGGAACAGCUGCUCUCUCAGUUCAGGUCAUACCUGCUGUGGCCGUCCCGUCUCCCUCGAACGUGGGCUACCGUCCGGGCGACAUGGCGCUGCUGGGUCUGGUCAUGGCCGCCCUGCUCGUCCUCUGCCUCAUUGUGAUUGGAUUCCUGAUUUCCCGCUUGUGGAAAGGAAAUGCCAGCAUGGACAAAAUAUGUGAGUGCCUGGGCCCCUGCCUGAAGUCCGACCAGCCCCGGACCGGCCACAGGGACUCCCUGCAGUACACCAACGACGGCUUCCAGAAUGAGGGCGACCCGAGCCGUGGGGGUGCCAGGCGCUGGAACAACGCCCUUCCCAGGCGGAGCACCUGCCCCCAGCCACGAGGCCGCGUCAUCCCCCUGGAGAGACGGAGCCGCCACUGCUCCUCCUGUGGCGUCUACACCAAUCACGUCCCCAAGGGGAGCCCCUCUGUGAGACCGUCCAGAAGGGGCAGAGGAGACGGGGACGAGUACGGCAUGAGGUCGAUCCUGACCAAGCAGAGGAGGAAGGAGGGCCAGAAGACGGUGUGGUUCAAGGAGAGCGAGGACUCCUCGGACAUCGAGGUGGAGAUUAUCCCAGACACUGUGGGCCGGGUGGAGGAGGAGACCGAGGAGGAGCUGGACAGGGAGGUGGAGAUGGAGGGGGUCGUCAGAGAUCCCGCAGCCCCGCUGAGAGAGCCUGAUGGCGGGCAGGAGAGCACAGAGCCCAGUGAAGAGCAGGACCGUGGAAAUACGAGCCCGGACAAAACGCCGGUCAGCCAGGAGCAGCAGGGCUGACAGCUGAGGUCGGACUCGAGUCGGAGAAAAUGUUCACCAGACUGAGCUGUUUGUUUACUGGUCACUUUUUGGAGACGGCAGCCUGAAGCAGAGGUCUCAGCAGUCCAGCUUCUUCCGACAUCUCUGGAUAGCUGCAGCAAACCUCCAGGACUGAUCCAAGGAUCCAAAAAGUAUUUAUUUUCUACUGUGAGUAUUUACUGAAGUAAUAACUCUAAACUCUCGUCUCUGUGGUGUUGGCCAAGUGUACACUGUGAGGUGAGAUAACUCUGAGUCAGCUUGGGUCUUAUCUUGGUUCUUUCUGGUCAUGCAUUGUACUCACUAAAUUAAUUGCAGCAACAUCUGCACAACAAAGUCCGCUGAGACAAAAGAUGCAAGCAGUUAUGGAAGACGGCAAACAAACGAAGGUGAGCGAAAAAUAUGACUGAAACGUUCCAUUGCAAAUGUUCGGUACAGUUUACACACCAUCUCUGUGAUUUAAAAUGGACUUUAACACACACUUUUCCUGCUGAGGUUUAGAGGUUGAUGAUUGAAGUCUACAUGCUGCCGUGUCUGUAACUGGAGCUGUGGAUGUCCUGGAAGUGACAUCAUUACGUAGACGCAUUACGUAGUAAAAAUAGCCUUUAAAGUUAUAUUGUAUAAUAAUUUGUCAUCUGUCUUUGCACGU